CUUUGUAAGAAAGAAGCUAGGAAGGAGACGACAGGACAGCGCUCACAUUGGUGGAGUGAGUGGUGAUGUUGAGCUUCGAGAAGGCCCAUUACGACAUGCAAAAGCAAAUCCUUAUUGGAACGAGGAAGCGCCAUAUGAACCUAUUGCAAUACUGUGUGAGUCGGAUUCGAUUGCAAAGUCGAUGGGAAAACCGAACAAAGAAAAGAAGAAACCUGUACCUGCCCCAAGGAAAACGGCAGCAUGUGGAAAAGGUCUCAAGGACUAUCCUUACGAGAAUAUGCCACCUGUUUUUGUGGAUGACUCUGUGGUGGAACCUGACGCGAAGAAUAAUCCUGAUGGAGCCAAAUUCAAAAAACGCCCGCCGAAGAAAGAGGUCCUCGUCUACGACACGCCCAGGCCCAUUGUACAUAAGGUCGAACCUAAAGCACAGGCAGCCAAUCCAGUUGCCCGGCCGAGUGCUACAGGCGCGAAUGCAGUUCAUGAGGCUGUACCAUUGGCGCAAUUUGAAGACUAUAUCCACAAGAAAAAGAAAAGAACUUACAGGGACGGUAACGGUUUCUUGAAGGAUUAUGAGGACCUUCCAGCUCCGGUCAAGCAUGCCUGCUCGGUAGGGAAAAAGCGUGCCAACAAAGAGAAAAAUCGCUAUGCGAAUAUCCUCCCGUAUGACGAUACUAGAGUGGUGCUGGAAAAGUUGCCAAAUAAGCCCAACUCCGACUACGUAAAUGCGAGUUACAUUGACGGCUUUGAUGAGCCACGGAAAUACAUUGCAACCCAGGGUCCUACUAAAGUAUCUGUGGAUGAUAUGUGGCGUAUGGUUUGGCAAGAGAAUGUGUCAAAGAUUGUCAUGUUGACCAACUUACGGGAUGGAGUCAAGGAAAAAUGCGACAAAUAUUGGCCCGAUGACACUACCACCUAUGGUAACAUCACUGUCAGAUUAAUGAACGAGGUGGAACACAACGGCUACAUCGUAAGGGAGUUCACUCUAGCAAUCAAGUCACAGAAGAGACUUCGUCAGGUUUGUCAGUUCCACUUCACUGCGUGGCCCGGGGACGGUUUACCAAAAGAAUCAGCAAAAUUGAUCGAAUUCAUCAAAGCUGUCAGAGAGUUCAGGCCGGAUGGUGCCGGACCUAUGGUCGUCCACUGUAGCACGGGCACUGGUCGCACUGGAUUAUUCAUAGUCCUGGACGCCAUGUUGGACCAGGUAGAGAAAGAAGGCAGGGUGGAUAUUUGGAAUUUCACACGUAGCAUGAGAGAUAAGAGAAUUGGUGUGAUACAAUCCGCGCUGCACUACGAGUUCAUCUUUGAUACGCUUUUGAACACACUGAAGUGCGCUGAGACAACGGUCAAGUCGGCUUAGGCCCAGGGGACAUUCCAAACUGCACCCGGACAAUUUGCCCAAAGAUUUGGGAGCAUUCCUCAAACGCUGGAAAUUGGUUAUGUUUCGUUCAAGCUGGUUUUUCAGUAAGGCAGGGAACUGGAACAAGUCUCACAGACCGACUACUGAAAGCAGUUUCAAUGUCUGUAACCGUGAGGCACGUAGCAAUUCGUUUAAGAUUUAGCAUAAGUCUAGAAUCGGGGUGUUUGUGUGAUGAUAGUAAAAAAAAAAGCCCCUUUGUGUAAAGAUUUAAUCCAUAUCCGGAAGAAAUGUAUCACUCUUUCACUAUACACAGUUGGAAAGUAAAAGAAUGCGUCCAAUAGGUAUAUACCUAUUGUCUUUCAGGGAGGGACUAUUUUUGCACUGACAGUGAUUAGCGCAACUGCGCGGACAGUACAGCAGACUACGUGCAGCUCUGUUAUUUUACUCAGAGUGGUCGGACACGGUGACGUGUAACCAAGUUGCAGGCUGAGGGUAUUUGUUCCUGGCAAAAUUGAAAAAGGCUGCCGUUGUGACGUCAGUCCUUUCAUAAAAGUAUCGACUAUUUUCAAAACACAAAAAAAUUACGUAUAAAAAAUAUACCACUGUGCUUUCAGCGGCCCCGAGCAGAAAAGCCCCCUCAUCGGUUGAAAAGAGCUGCGUUGAGUGUUCUUUUAUAGCGAUGCGACUGUGAGCGUGCAUUUCCUAGUUGUUCGUCAAACAGCGAAGUUCAGUUCCCACCAAAAGAGCCUUCGUUAAGACAAUAGCGCCCUCUGUUGAUCCUGUUCGAGGCCCUUGAGAAUCGAGAGUUUUUGUUUUUGUUGCAUUUUUUACAUAAAAGGGGCUAAUUUGAAAAAGGAACAAUCCAUUUCAAAUCUUUUCGUUAAGUGAGUUCUCGUUUUCAACAAAAUAUUCUUUUGUAUUUCUUUUAAUUUGCCUCCCUAUCGCUAGUUUAUAUUCGACGGCUAUGGUAGAGUUUAGGUAAAGAAAGUUUAAAAUACCCCUUCAAUUGUAUUGUUAUUUUAUUAUUUGUUUUCUUUUUUAUUUAUAGGUCAUACUGUAGUGCUAAACUUAUUGCUCAAUAUUUAUCGUUUGUGUUUUUUGUUCUGUUUCUAUUUUAAGUUCGCAUUCAUAAAUGCCUCAGGCUGUCUCCUUAUUCAACAACGUGCAACUUGACAGGGUAUUAACAUUUGAUAAUGCCCACUGAGAAGUGAUAAUGCCCUCUGGCACCUGCAUACGAGACAGUUUAAUGAUUCUGGUUGGAGAAAGGUCUGUGUGCACGCAGCUCUCCAUGCGCGCACCAAGUCCAUAUGAGGAGAAUCUAUUGGACAACUUGCACAAGGAAUGUACCAUAAAAUGGACGGGGGUGUUCUGCAAAAUGAUAGUAAAAUUUCAGAACGAAAUCGUUGGAAUUCCAUCAUAUAUUGACUUCUUUUGACUAUCAGACUAAAACAAGGUAUUUAUGAAUGAGAAGAAAUAUGUGCUUUUCAGGUCUUAAACUAACGUUUAACGUUUAAGAUUGGCUCAGGAGACUCAAUAAACGCUGAUAUUGCCAUCGCCUGCGGUUCGGGAAUUAGUCGCGUCCAUUCUCCUGAGCCAGUCUUAAACAAGUUCAUUGGAUUUUACUCUGCUAGCAUUGUAUUUCAACAUACCAACCCGUUGACCUGUGCCCCCUAAAUGUAACUGUAAGGCCGUAAAUAAUUUAAUACAAUGAUAUUUAGUGUACAUUUAUAAUGAUCAAAAGUAAAUUAAGUGCUAAAACUUCUUAAUACUUCUCAGCUGGUUUUCCAAAAUUAUGUGUGUCCCAAACGAAAAAAAUAAGAGAGUUUGGUGUUUUGUUGUGUACACAAAUCAUGUAACAGAUAUGGCAAAGUCAGGAACACGGUAUUCAUUUGUGAGGACAGUGAAAUGUGGUUCCACAAAUGAGCCGGUCACAAAACUUUCUCCAGGUUGUUAUAAGAGAUGUUGUACAGCCACAUCGAUUUCAUGUAAUAAUUUUUAGUCCACUUAACAUAAUGUACCCAUUUCUAUAAAAGUGCACACGUGUAGGUCUAUCUAAGAUCUGCAUUUGUGAAGCAGGCGUAUAAAAUCGAAGAUAUGUACUCACCUUUAUUUGACGGAUGGUAACGGAUAACUAUCCGUGCUGAUUUAAGCGACAAUAUACAUGGUGAUAAGUGGGACAGUGGUUGUGCAUCCAUCUAUAUAGGUGCAGGACUAAUUCAAGCUAGACGUUGAGUGCCUUUCCAUAUGUGUUUUUUUUUUUUUUGGUGCGUUGCGUACACAAGACGUUCAUGCGUUUCACUUUCACUGACACAAAAAUCUACUCCAUUUACAUAACACACGUGUGCAUUGCGUUUGGCCGUCAAAAUCGUUGCCGGGAUAUGCGCAACGCUUGGUGUAAGUGUUGGCACACAUUAAGCUCUCACAUAGCUGGUGUGUAUGCACAGAAAAUCCGAUUCAUCUCACGGCUCAAAGAAUUAAUAAGAUUCUCCACCCUUCAUUGUUGCAGGGACGUCUAUGUUAUAAGAGACGACUUAAAUAGUGGAGAUUGGUUAUUUAUAAUGACUUUGGUGUUUCGCGGUUCCAUCCGUUCGAUUCGAAGAAUGUCCGUCUUUUCAUCAUUUUUUAAAGCAUUGCCCUGGUUUAUUUUAGUGUCCUAGUGACCUAAUUAAAAAAACAAUUAUCGGUUUGUGCUAAUAACUCUACUACAAGUAAUUAAUAUGUUAGUUUUUGAUAUUCUAUUUAGAAAUGUAACCCAGAUUAAAUUUAAAUUUGAUAGAGUUCAAACUGAAUCUAUUCAGAAAAUGAUUAUACGUACAUCGUGUGUAUAUUGAAACCGUAUACCAAUUAGAAUAUUUAUGAAUGAUUUAAAAAGUAAUGCUUGUGGCAUCGGAAUGAUUCGUACUUUUCAAUAAGAAUAGCUUUAUUCAGAUGGUUAAAAACAUACACAGAAUAAAUUCCAGUGCAUAAUGUCUGAAAGUUAUUUUGUGCAAAGUAUAAAGGUUUGGAAGAAAUAAAAUGAAUCAUAGAUAUCCAUACAAUACUAGUUACGGUUUUUCAACAUGCUACAGGAUACUUUGGAAUAGUUUGCGCAUUACUACAGACCUGAGGAUCAAUUGAAAUAAUGAGACAUCAUCCCCCAAAUGAGGAAGUCAGCCCUUUAUAAACGUGAAUACUUUCCUAUUACGUUGCAAUGUAGAAUGUUGGUCCGUGUGCUUUGCUUUUGAAAGUUCGAUUUCACACAAAAAUAUUGAAGCUUUGUCCGAGAUUAUGUAUCAAGGAGGUCAGUUUUUCAUCUUGUUGCACUAUUUAUUCACAACAGCUACUAAUUUUGACCAUGAAGUUGUGAAAAGAGUCACAACGGAGACUCAGCCCUGCGGUCACACAUGACAGACAUUUAU